CCGGGCGCGGCAGCUCGCGGCGGAGACCUGAGCGCGACCAGGCGAGCUCCCCAAUUUGUUGGCGCUGCCCCUCCCCUCAGCGGCGCGGGGCGGGCGGCGCCUCAAAGGGGGAGGACCCUUCGGCGCGGGUAAGAGGCGGCAGGAGCGCGCGGACGGGGGAUUGUGGCCGCCGCGCGCCGGGACGCAGGGCUCCGCGCUCUGUACCCACCGCCGCCGCUGCCCGCCCCGCGCCCCGCGCUCGCCGACCCGGCGGAGCUCCGAGGGCGGACGCGCGGGCCCGAGGUCGGCCCGGGGAGGCCGAGAGGGCGGCUGCGCUGCUCGUGCCGCAGGCGGCGCUUCUGGAGGGCGGAGACGCGCGGGCGGCAGCCACUGAAGCCGGGCCUGAGGCUAGGAGGGACGGAUCGGAGCCCCGAGGGGCCGAACUGGGAGCAUGGACCGAGACCAGCGCGCGGCGUCGCGCCCUGCCCUGCGGUGGUGGCUACUGCUGGGAGCUGUGACAGUGGGGCUCCUGGCCCAGGGCGUCCUGGCGGGCGCGAAGAAGUUCGAUGUGCCCUGUGGAGGGAGAGACUGCAGUGGGGGCUGCCAGUGCUAUCCCGAGAAAGGAGGAUGGGGCCAGCCAGGGCCAGUGGGCCCACAGGGAUACACCGGGCCCCCCGGCUUACAAGGGUUCCCAGGACUGCAAGGCCGCAAAGGUGACAAGGGUGAUAGGGGGGCUCCCGGGAUCACAGGACCGAAGGGAGACGUGGGAGCCAGAGGCGUUUCUGGAUUUCCCGGUGCCGAUGGAAUUCCCGGACAUCCUGGCCAGGGCGGGCCCAGAGGACCGCCUGGCUACGACGGCUGCAACGGGACAGUGGGUGACGCAGGCUACCCGGGACCCAGCGGCUCUGGCGGCUUCCUCGGCCCCCGUGGGCCCCAAGGACCCAAAGGGCAGAAAGGCGAGCCCUACGCUCUGUCUAGUGAGGACCGCGACAAAUACAGGGGGGAAGCUGGAGUGCCCGGACUGGUCGGUUUCCAGGGGCCUCCCGGCCGCCCUGGGCCUGUGGGACAGAUGGGUCCGGUUGGAGCUCCAGGAAGAGCAGGACCCCCUGGACCCCCUGGACCAAAAGGACAGCCAGGCAACAGAGGACUUGGUUUUUACGGAGAAAAAGGAGAAAAGGGCGACAUGGGACAGCAGGGACCCGGUGGGAUUCCACCAGACAACAGUUACGUCGAGAGGCCCAAAAAUGACGUGAUCCUCCCAGAGCAGUAUAAGGGUGAAAAAGGAAGUGAGGGGGAACCAGGAAGAAAAGGCAUUUCCAUGGAGGGAGAAGAAGGAAUCAUGGGCUUUUCAGGAGUGCGGGGUGCCCCUGGCUUCGAUGGUGAGAAAGGUUCACCGGGACAGAAAGGAAGCAGAGGACCGGAUGGUUACCAAGGCCCUGAUGGAUACCCAGGACCCAAGGGAGAAAUGGGUGAACCAGGCCCCCCCGGCCCACCAGCCUACUCCCCGCAUCCUUCCCUGGCCAAAGGUGCCAGAGGGGACCCAGGAUUCCAUGGAGCCCCCGGGGACCCAGGAGCCCGGGGGGAGCCUGGAGACCUCGGCUUGCCAGGCCAGCCUGGUACAUCCAUCGGAGAUGAAGAUGAGAAGAGAGGCUUACCGGGCGAGAUGGGACCCAAAGGCUUCACAGGAGAGCCGGGCAUCCCCGCCCUGUACCCCGGCCUGCCGGGAGCUGACGGAAAGCCAGGGCUCCGAGGUCCCCCAGGGUUCCCGGGACCACCUGGCCCAGACGGUUUCCUUUUCGGCCUUAAAGGAGCAGAGGGCAGGGUGGGCUACCCUGGACCUUCUGGUUUCCCCGGGGCUCGCGGACAGAAAGGAUGGAAAGGCGAUGCCGGCGACUGUCAAUGUGCAGAGGGUGACCAGUUCAUUGGGGGUCUUCCGGGGCCACCAGGACCCAAGGGCUUUCCCGGCACCAAUGGGGAACCAGGGAGGAAAGGCAGCCCGGGAGACCCCGGCCAGCACGGCAUCCCCGGGUUCCCAGGAUUCAAGGGAGCCCCUGGUGGUGUUGGCCCUCCCGGGCCCAAAGGAAUGAAGGGAGAUUCUCGAACCAUCACCACCAAAGGUGAGCGGGGCCAGCCAGGUGUCCCAGGUGUGCCUGGACUGAAAGGGGACAGCGGCAUCCCAGGCCGUGAUGGGCUGGAUGGAUUCCCAGGCCUCCCAGGCUCUCCCGGUGAUGGCAUCAAAGGCCCCUCAGGGGACGCAGGCCACGCAGGACCCCCCGGUACUAAGGGCAUUCCAGGAGAAAGGGGCCCCCCAGGAUUGGGGCUGCCAGGCCCCAAAGGCGAGCGUGGCUUCCCCGGCGAUGCUGGAUUACCUGGACCUCCAGGCUUCCCCGGGCCUCCCGGCGCCCCCGGCACUCCAGGACAAAUAGAUUGUGAUACGGGUGUGAAAAGGCCCAUCGGAGCAGAUGGACAGGAGACCGUCCAGCCAGGUUGUGUUGGAGGGCCUAAGGGAUCGCCGGGCCAGCCGGGCCCCCCCGGCCCCCCAGGUGCCAAAGGCCUCAGAGGGCUUCCGGGAUUAUCGGGAACUGAUGGAGCACAAGGGCUCAAGGGUCUCCCGGGAGAUCCAGGUCCAGAGGGAUUCCCAGGACCCCCAGGCUUCGUGGGGCCUCGAGGAGUCAAAGGUGCAGUAGGCCGCCCUGGCCUGGAUGGACUCCCGGGUCCCUCCGGCCUGCCGGGGCCAGUCGGGCCUCCGGGAGACAGGGGACUCCCUGGAGAAGUCUUGGGGGCCCAGCCCGGGCCCCGGGGAGACACCGGACUGCCUGGACGCUCUGGGCUGAAGGGCCCCCCCGGAGAAAGAGGCCCUCCUGGAUUCCGGGGAAGCCAGGGGAUGCCAGGAAUACCGGGCCCGAAGGGUCAGCAGGGCUUCCCAGGACCUUCGGGCCAGCCGGGACUGCCCGGGCCACCAGGACAGCAUGGCUACCCUGGAGCUCCUGGCCGGGAAGGGCCCUUGGGGCCGCCGGGCACCCCAGGUUUUGGAGGUCUGCCUGGAGACAGAGGGGAGCCAGGUGACACAGGUGUCCCUGGCCCCGUGGGCAUGAAGGGCGUCUCCGGGGAUAGAGGUGACCCUGGCUGGCAGGGUGAGAGAGGUCAUCCCGGAAGCCCUGGAUUCAAAGGAGUGGCCGGGAUGCCUGGUGCCCCGGGCCCCAAAGGAGUUAAGGGUUCUCCCGGGAUGGACGGCUUCCAAGGCAUGCUCGGGCUCAAGGGGAGAUCCGGGCUUCCGGGAAACAAAGGAGAGACUGGAUUUUUUGGAGUCCCUGGGCUGAAGGGCCUGGCUGGCGAGCCCGGUGUGAAAGGCAGCCGAGGGGACCCCGGCCCCCCCGGACCACCUCCCAGCAUCCUGCCAGGAAUGAAAGACAUCAAAGGAGAGAAAGGAGAUGAAGGCCCCAUGGGACUGAAAGGAUACCUGGGCUUGAAAGGCCUUCCCGGAAUGCCAGGGAUCCCCGGGCUGUCGGGAGUCCCUGGGCUGCCGGGGAAACCAGGCUACGUCAAAGGAGUCAAAGGAGAUACCGGAUUCCCCGGCGUGCCCGGGUCACCAGGAUUCCCCGGCGUGCCCGGCUCCCCCGGAAUCUCAGGGUUUCCGGGCUUCACAGGCAGUAGGGGCGACAAGGGAGCUCCGGGGAGAGUAGGCCUUCACGGCGAGAUCGGCCCCAUCGGUGACUUUGGUGAUAUUGGAAACACUAUAGACCUUCCAGGAAGUCCAGGCCUGAAGGGGGAAGGAGGCACCGCUGGAGCACCAGGUCUAAAGGGAUUCUUCGGAGAGAAAGGAUCAGAGGGUGAUGUCGGCUUCCCUGGGAUCACCGGCCUGGCAGGAGUCCAGGGCCCUCCUGGACUUAAAGGGCAAACAGGCUUUCCAGGACUGACAGGGCUGCAGGGGCCUCAGGGAGAGUCGGGACGGGCGGGAGUGCCCGGCACCAAAGGAGACUAUGGCUGGCCGGGGAGCCCAGGCCUACCAGGUCUGCCCGGCCUCCGCGGUAUCGGCGGCUUACACGGCUUGCCAGGCACCAAAGGCUUCCCAGGAUCCCCAGGUGCGGACAUCCACGGGGACGCCGGCUUACCAGGUCCUGCCGGGGCCAGGGGUGACCCAGGAGAGGCCAACACCCUUCCAGGCCCCGCAGGAGCCCCGGGACGGAAAGGGGAGCGUGGAGUCCCAGGGGAACGAGGCCCAGUUGGGAGCCCAGGACUUCAGGGGUUUCCAGGCAUCACCCCCCCUUCCAACGUCUCUGGGUUACCAGGUGACGUAGGCGCGCCUGGGAUAUUUGGCCUGGAAGGUUAUCGAGGUCCCCCGGGGCCACCUGGGCCCGUGGCUCUUCCUGGAAUCAAAGGAGAUGAGGGGAGUCCAGGAGCCCCCGGAAACCCGGGGACCAAAGGAUGGGUCGGGGACUCCGGGCCCCAGGGCCGGCCUGGCGUGUUCGGGCUCCUGGGAGAAAAAGGGCCCAGAGGGGAGCAAGGAUUCAUGGGCAACACAGGCGCCGCCGGGAGUGUGGGAGACCGAGGCCCCAAAGGACCUAAAGGAGAUCGAGGACUCCCGGGUGCCCCGGGUGCUGUGGGCGCCCCGGGGAUUGCAGGAAUCCCCCAGAGGGUUGCCAUCCAGCGGGGCCCAGUGGGUCCGCAGGGAAGGAGAGGCCCUCCGGGGCCUCAGGGGGAGAUGGGACCCCAGGGCCGCCCGGGAGAACCAGGUAGGAGCACUGCUGCGGGGCCACCCCUCGUUUCCUGUUUGCUUUGCUUUCACUUUUGUUCACCUGCUGGAAAGCACUGGCUGAGCACCAGUGAUGGAGCAUCGCAUUCUUCCCGGGGCACUGACACGUGUCUCGGUGGCUCUGCAGGUUUCCGCGGGACUCCAGGGAAGGCAGGGCCCCAGGGAAGAGGCGGCGUGUCAGCUGUUCCCGGGUUCCGAGGAGACCAGGGGCCCGUGGGGCUGCAGGGGCCCGUUGGCUAUGAAGGGGAGCCAGGCCGCCCCGGGAGCCCCGGCCUGCCUGGCAUGCCCGGCCGCAGUGUCAGCAUCGGGCACCUCCUGGUGAAGCACAGCCAGACGGAGCAGGACCCCAUGUGCCCCGUGGGCAUGAACAAGCUCUGGAGCGGAUACAGCCUGCUGUACUUUGAGGGCCAGGAGAAGGCCCACAACCAGGAUCUAGGGCUGGCGGGCUCCUGCCUGGCCCGGUUCAGCACCAUGCCCUUCCUGUACUGCAACCCUGGCGAUAUCUGCUACUAUGCCAGCCGGAACGACAAGUCCUACUGGCUCUCCACCACCGCCCCGCUGCCCAUGAUGCCUGUGGCCGAGGAGGACAUCAGGCCCUACAUUAGCCGCUGCUCCGUGUGCGAGGCCCCGGCCGUUGCCAUUGCCGUCCACAGCCAGGACGUCUCCAUCCCCCACUGCCCGGCUGGAUGGCGGAGCUUGUGGAUCGGAUAUUCCUUCCUCAUGCACACGGCCGCGGGCGACGAAGGGGGCGGCCAGUCGCUGGUGUCACCGGGCAGCUGCCUGGAGGACUUCCGAGCCACGCCGUUCAUCGAGUGCAACGGCGCCCGAGGCACCUGCCACUACUAUGCCAACAAGUACAGCUUCUGGCUCACCACCAUCCCCGAGCAGAGCUUCCAGGGCACGCCCUCGGCCGACACCCUCAAGGCCGGUCUCAUUCGCACGCAUAUCAGCCGUUGCCAGGUGUGCGUGAAGAACCUGUGAUGUCGGGGCCGCCCCGCCGGACACGCUUCUCCAGGGGACACGCAGCCGGGGGGCCACUUUGGUGCUUAUUCUUAACUUAUUACCUCAGAUGCCGACCCAAAAAUUGACUUCAUUUUUUUUUCUUUAAAAAACAAACCAAAAGAAUAAUAAAAUAAGGGCCACCAAAGGAAUUCAGCACCAGCACUUCGACCAAAUAACCCCGUGGCAUCCAAGGCGCUGCCCACUCUCCCCACAUCUGUAGCAUCUGUAGGACACCCUGACCCCCCCAAAACGGAAAACCACGAACCCUCCCUCUCAGGCCAUCCGUACGAGAUGGUUCCACGCUCAGUGUAGCUAACUUCUUCCUGUGUAUCUAUGUAGUCACUGCAGUCUCAGCCGUCACUGAUAACCCACUUAUUGAACUCAACGGGGAGGUAUAGACAGAUGAGGCCGUGCAGCCUGCGGGCUCCGGAGCUCACUCCCGCUGUUCCCACUCAGGGGGUUCCUGGGGGUGGACGCAGCCCUGCUCUCCGAGCCCCCAUGGUGACGGCGCCCUCUUCUCCCAAACGCCGGCAACGCGAAGGAUCCUGGUCCCCUCGGGAAGGCCGACUGUGCCUUUUGUUUUAAAAGCCACUGAUGUCCGCACACCAGCUAUCACUCUUCCCCACCACCCCUUACAGACCGUUGGGUUCGGCAAAACUCACAUAGAAGCGAAGACCUUCUCACCGUCUGUUGUCAGCCAGGCUGCGUGGCAGCAAACUUUGUAGGGUCGGAAGUGAUGCUUCCACUGCCCCCAGGCCGUCCCUGGACAUUUACCCUCCGUACUUUGUGCAGAAUUGUAUUCCUAUGCCUACUCCAUCCUCUGUAACGACCCCCAAAUAAAAGUUCGUUUUGAACAUUUU